CCUGGACAAAGAUACAAAAUAUCCAACUGUACAGAACUCAUCUGUAAGGGAGACAACAAGGUAGAAGUAAUUCCGACACACUGCCCACCUGUAAAGGAAAUUACCUGUGCCAACAAAUAUCCAGCAGUACUGGUACCUGAUGAAAAUGGUUGCUGCUACAAAUAUGAGUGCCAAUGUGUUUGCAGUGGAUGGGGUGAUCCUCAUUAUAUUACUUUUGAUGGAACCUACUAUACUUUCCUUGAAAACUGCACUUAUGUCCUGGUGAAACAGAUUGUACCUAAAUAUGACAACUUCCGUGUUUACAUUGACAAUUACUACUGUGAUGCAAAAGAUGGACUUUCCUGCCCUAAAUCCAUUUUAAUUUUCUACAAAUCUGCAGAAGUGAUACUGACUCGUAAACUCAUGAAUGGUGUGAUGACCAAUGUGAUGUACUUCAACCAAAAGAUUGUCAAGCCAGGCUUCAAAAAAGAUGGCAUUUCUUUCUCCACACUUGGCAUCAACAUGAUUGUUGAAAUACCAGAGAUUGGUGCAACCAUCACCUUUAGCGGAUUGAUUUUCUCUGUGAAACUCCCAUACAGCAAAUUUGGCAACAACACCGAAGGACAGUGUGGAACAUGUACAAAUAAUAAGUUAGACGAAUGCCGCUUACCAAAUGGUAAGAUCAUUUCUUCCUGUCCCCAAAUGGCUCAUCACUGGAUUGUUGAUAAUGACAAGUCAUGCCAUGGAGUACCAGUACCACCUGUUGUAACCACACCUCCACCGAAGCCUCACUGUGAAACACCCCAACUCUGCAAACUUAUCUGGAGCGAGAUUUUUGCGGAAUGCCAUGCUGUGAUACCACCAGAACCUUUUUUCAAAGGCUGCGUUUUUGAUGGAUGUCGCAUAGAUGAUGAAUCCAUGCAGUGUUCCAGUUUGGAGAUAUAUGCUACAGAGUGUGCUGCUAGAGGUGUCUGCGUUGACUGGAGAGGAAAGACCAACAACACAUGCCCAUACAACUGUCCAGCAAGCACGGUAUACAAGCCCUGUGGGUCCAUUAACCCUCCCACCUGUGACCCAAGCUUUGUUGAGUUUCCUGGCUAUGGAGUAACUGAAGGAUGCUUCUGUCCUGAAGGGAAGACACUUCUGAGUGAAAACAGCAAUAUCUGUGUCUCUGAAUGCUUUUGUAGGGAACCAAAUGGAGUAUCCCGACGGCCAGGAGAAAAAUGGACGGAAGAUUGCCAAGAAUGUGUCUGUGACAAAAACACACUUAAAGUGCACUGUACAAAACACAAAUGUUCUCUGACACAGGAAGUAUUUUGUGAUGAGCCAGGUUACAUGCCUGUUCAGAUACAGAUACCAGAAGAUCCGUGCUGUGCCAGGACUGAGUGCUACUGCAACACCAGCCUCUGCCCUCAGGUCACCCAGCAGUGCCUAGAGGGACAGGAUGUAAUCACAAUAAUGCAGCCUGGAAAAUGCUGUCCUAGCUUCGAAUGCAGACAUGGUUGUGUAGUCAAUGAGACCUACUAUGCACCUGGGGCUGUCAUUCCAUCAGGGCCCUGUGAAGAAUGCACCUGCUCGGAAACCUCUUACUCGAGCCUUCACCACGCUACCGUCAAGUGCAAUCCAGUUAUCUGUGACACAUACUGCCCACCAGUUGGAGAAAUCUGGAAUCCACCGGGUGAUAACUGUAAAACUUACAGAUGUGAAAAGCACGAUGACCAGUUCAUUCAAGUCAUCUCACAGAAAAGCUGUCCUGCCCUUAACCCUGAUGACUGUGAUCCAGAUGACAUCAAGCUAUCUGAUGAUGGCUGCUGUAACGUGUGCCAACCAAAUCUGAAGAGCUGUAAGAAGCACAAUACUACUACUGUCAUUAAACAUCAUGGAUGUGUAUCUCCCACACCUGUUGAGAUGACAUACUGUGAAGGCAGCUGUGAUGCUUACUCACGUGAGCUUCCAGUAAGCAAGAACAUCUUUGAGUCUGUCCCAGUGCUGGGAAUGAACAAAUGGGAACCCUCAAUUCAAGAGAAGAACAGGGUACCCCAGGUUUGGGACAUGAAAGAGCAAGUGGAAGGACUCGCAAGGACUCCCAGA